AUUUAACAGUCGUUCCGCAGCGCAGCGUUUCCCGCUCAGUAUUAGUUUAACUGUCACUCAGACGAGUCAUUGACGUGUGCUUAAUUUAAAUUGUUGUUUUUAUUAAGUGUUUUUAUUUUUGUGAUUUUUAAAAAGAUAGCAUUAAACAGCGGUGUGAGUCGGACGUCCGCACGACCAUCACAAGGAAACAAAUGAAGCGAAAACAGUGACAAAAAUGGAGACGAAAAUACCAGACAAGGAAAGAAGUGUAAAGAAAGAAGACAGUUUAACAAACUUAAUUGGUGAUUUUGGUAAAUGGCAAUUAAUAGUUCUCGGGACGGUAUCUUUAGUGAAACUGAACACUGGAUGGGUGCAACUAGCCAUUUUGUUCCUGACGCCGAACCUAACCUUCCGAUGCAUCAGCCUACCAAAUUCAACUGUUGAUGUACAGAAUUCCACGUGCUAUGAAGGUUGUUUGAAGUACGAGUAUGAUACGAGCCCGUUUGAUAAUACUAUUGUCUCGGAAUGGGAUCUGGUGUGCGAGAGGCGGUGGCUGGCCAGCUUCACCCAGACGAUGCUGCAGGCGGGGAUCCUCGUUGGGAGUUCCAUAUUUGGAUUCUUCUCUGACAGAUACGGGCGCAAAAUUACAUUCCUAGUCGCCGUUACGACGGUUGUGAUCAUCGGCAUGGGGGUGCCGUUCUCCCCCAACUACACGGUGUUCACUGUGCUCCGGACGCUGCAGGGGGCCGCCACGGCAGGCACCAUGGUGGUCUCCUUCGUCAUCAUCAUGGAGUCAGUGGGGCCGAGGUACCGCGAGAUGGCGGGCUGCUUGUACCAGCUGCCCUUUAUCAUUGGUCACAUAUCGAUGACCCUGUUCGCGUUCUACUUCAGGAGUUGGAACUCCUACAUGCUGGCGAUGGCGAUCCCGACCCUCGUCUACCUGGGCUACUUCCUGGUGCUGUCCGAGACGCCGCGCUGGCUGGUCAGCGUUGGCCGAGUUGAUGACGCCACCAGAGUCGUCACAAAGGCAGCUAGGAUGAACAAUCUCCCAACGGAGAAAAUCAAAGAGACACUAACCCAGUUAUCACAAGAUCUCCAAGCGAACUCGGAUAAGCCGAAGCUGAACUACACGGCGAUCUUCCAGCGAGGGCUGCUCCUCAAGACCGUGUGCUGCUGCUUCAUCUGGCUCGUCACCGGCGUCUCCUACUUCGGGUUCAACCAGUACAUCAGCCAGACCAGCCCAGAUCCCUUCAUCAGUGUUGCCUUGGCUGGAGUCAUUCAGAUCCCAUCAAACAUCGGCUCCAUUUGGUUGAUCAAGAUCCUAGGUCGAAGAUUUACCCUUUCCGCGUCUUGCAUCCUCGGGGGAGUGUUCGUGAUCAUCCUUCACUUCGUCCCCAACGUCUUCGCCGCGACCCUCACGCUCGGGAGCCUGGGAGUCAGCUGCGCAGCCAUAUGUGCAUUCACCAUGUACAUUUACACCUCAGAAUUGUACCCAACUGUGGUUAGGAACAUGGGUAUGGGAGCUUGUUCCACAACCAUGAGGAUCGGUUCCAUGGUCGCUCCCUUCAUUUCCAAUACCUCUGCGACCAUUCCAUGGUUACCAACGGCAGUAUUUGGACUGGCACCAAUAGCUGCUGGACUAGUUUGCUUAUUAUUACCUGAGACAAAAGGCAGGAAUUUGCCUGACAGUAUCGAAGAUAUUAGGAAUGAGGAUUGAGGUUCGUUUAGUUAUAGCAUUGUGUGAGUUUAUGAAGCCUCAAAUGACUGAAGAAAUGUAGUACAUAUUAACAAGAUAAACAUGCAACCGACUCCCAAUAAAAACCACUGAGACAAAAUUGAUGACUUAAUGGGACCAAAUGACAGCUAUUUCAUGUUACAUGAAAACAGAAUCCACAAAAUCAGUUAAUCCAGUCUCAGGUUAGAAAAAAAGACUUCUUUCUCUAUUUCCUUUUGAAGUUGGUUGAAAAGUAAAUUAAGUAAACUGUUGCAGGUAUUAAAUUGUUAAUGAAAGGUUGUGAAUAAAAGAAACAUUAAGAUUAAGCAUGACACGCGAGCAAUUUUAAUCUUGUUAAUUAUUGUUUGUGAGACAGCCACUAGGUGGCGUAACAUGACCGAUGCCAUAUACAAACUUAUUUUCAUAGUUAGGUUAUGUAACGUAAUCACUUGAAGCAAUGUUCCAUUGUGUAUGUUUUACUCAAUAUUAAAAAUAAUAUACAAUACAAGUUUCCUAUAAUUAUAAAUUACGAUUAAGUACAUUGAUGUGAACAAUAUACCCGACUGUGUGGACACUUAUUUUUAGGUUUUAAUAAACUUGAUGUGAUAUGCUUAGGUGUUAUUAUAAUAUUAUUAAAAUAGUAUUUUUA